AUGUUUUUAAGCAAAAUUGUACUUCAAUUCGAAGAUCAAACAGUGAAGAAAACAAAUCAGAAAUUGGCGGACGUUAUGAACCAAAACGAAUGGAUAGACAAAUUUAGGCAUACGAAAGAUGGCUCUUUCGUUUACCUGACUUACGCGGUGCCAAGCUCCCACGAGCUCUUCUAUCCUUAUGCUUUAAGGGUUGUUCCAUACAAACUAGUAGACAAAUCAAACUUCUUCACCAUGAGUGCCAAGGGAGUGAUGCAGCACGUCAAUAGUGAAACAAUAUUCACUUCCCUGGACAAAUGGGAGAACGAAUAUAAGAUGUACUGCCGUCUGAUGGAAAUUAAACUCUUCCUGUAUUUCCGAAAGUGGAAAGGGUUCUACUUUUGGCGAACCAAAAUAAAACGCAAGAAAAUCUACAACGCGAAAAGAAUGCUGAAGGAUAAUCUGCUCAGUUUGAACCCGAUUUUGAGACAGGGAUUGUUAGCUGUUCAGGAUAUGUGUUAUAAAAUGAUAGAUGUUUCUUUUACUGACGUAUCGCAGAUAGAAAAUACUUGGUUGUUUUAUUUUGUUGAAGAUCAGAUGGAGAAAUUUCAUCAAAUUAUGAUCAAAAUCGAAGAAUACCACACGGUUGCUAAAGAAGUGAUCAGUAGCGCCUGCCACGGGGCUCUUCUUGCUAGAGGUUUUGUGGUUGAUGAAAGAAUUAUUGCUGAAGAAUCACAAAAAGAACGGAAAAGAAAAGUUCAUAAAGCUUCUUACAUCGAGCAGGCAGCUAAGAAGAAAUUUUGUGAACGUCUUUCCAGUUUUAUCAUAUUAACCGACUACAUUACUAUAAAUAUGUUACAUCAGUUGAUUACAAAUUCUUUGAACGCUCUUUUGAAAGUUUUGGAUGCCCAUACUCAGUUUUUGCCUACAGAGGAACAACUGGACAAUUUUGAACCGAUGGCAUUAACAUUGCCGAGAACUGAUGAUACUCCAAAGCUACCGUGGUUUGUUAUUUAUGUAAAAGUACUACCUGAUGAACUACUUCUAGAUCCUUCCCUAGAUAUAACUUUGGAUAUGUUUAACCAAAUGAUAACUUUAUGGGAGGAAAAAACCAAAGGGAUCAAAUCGUUCGUGGGAGAUUCGUAUUAUUAUCCUUUUACAAAUCCUAUAAUAAAUGAGAAAGUUGAAGAUAGAAUAUGUGGUUGGGGGCCUACUUUAGAGUUUUACUUAAGCAAAGACGUACAUCUUGCCAAAAAGAAAUCAGAUCUCAUAGAUUACUUUCGAAAAAACUAUGACACAGCAUUUUCCUAUCUUCGAAGAUAUCAAGGCAUUCGCGAAUUUUACGCCGACGAUAUUUUGGUAAAGGACAAAGAUAUUGAGAAUGAAAGAGAUUUAGAGACAUUUAGAAUGCUGUGUACCAGAUAUCAUGAUCAAAUAACCACCAUUGAAAGUAUUCUACCAGCGCAAGAGAUGGGGGUUCUUUACAUUCAGUUAGAGGGCUUUGUGGAAACGUGCUUACCGGAGUCCCAGAAACUUCUUGGCACUUUGGAACUGACUAUUCCUUGGGUUGGCAAGACUAAAGUCGAUGCUUUGAUUGAAGAAUCAGCCGAAAUAGAAGCGUUUCUUUUCAAAGAACCGACCGCAACAGCUGACUAUGUCAAAUAUUUGGAAUACAUAGAACAGUCGAAUGUCAGAGCCGACGAAAUGGAAAAUAUUUACGACUAUUGUAAGGAACUCUACGACAUCAUCGACGAAUUUAACAUCAACGUCGAUAACGAAGAGGUCAAUACGUACCUCGGAUUGAGCGUAACCUUGGGAAAUCUGAGGAAUCUAGUGGACAAGAAGAUGGAAGACACGACAAGGCUGAUCAAGCUCUUCAGCGAUGCCUUAAACAAGGAUAUUAGUGCUUUGAUUUCGCAAGUGGGCACAAUCAAAGAUGAAUGCAUGCAACCCUGGUUAUAUGAUAUCAAUUCUAAUUUCGCUCAAGUAAUGGAGUUCUUAACAGAACUGUUCGAUAAGUUGGUGGACUGCCAAAAACGUGCAGCAGAAUUUAAAGAAUACCAAAAACAAUUCAGACUUGAAGUGACAAGAUUCGACGUCCUUGAUGAAGUUAUGAAUGACGUAAAGCUGCGCAUACUUUUAUGGGAUAGUGUGGACUCUUGGGCGAAAACAGUCGACGAAUGGUAUCACAUUCCCUUCGAUACCCUAGACGUGGAUGAAAUGAACAUGUUCAUAGCCAAAAAUUUAAAAUAUAUAGCUCAACUAGAAAAAGGGUUACCAGUUAAUCUGAUUGUGCCAAAAUUUCGGGACGAAGUAGAACUUAUGAAGGAUAAACUUCCAGUUGUAUGUUACUUGAGAAACCCCGCGUUGAAGAACCGCCAUUGGAUAUUAGUGGAGAACCUAUUAAAUCAUAAAUUCAAGCCAGAUGAAACCAUGACUUUGGAAUUGUUGGAAACUCUAGGCGUGUUCAAUAACCCUGCAGAGCUGAUGGAGAUAUCUGGACAAGCCAGUAGCGAAGCAGGCCUAGAAGCCUUGCUCAAGAAGGUGGAAGAAGCAUGGAAAACUCUCGAAUUGCCCAUUAUAUCUCACAAAGAUGCCAAAGACUUAUUUAUUCUAGGAUCCCUUGAAGAUGUACAAGCUGUUCUUGACGAAAGCAAUAUCAACAUGACCACUAUUGCUAGUUCAAGGCAUGUGGGACCAAUUAAACCACGCGUAGACGAAUGGACCAAAAACUUAGACCUUUUUUCGAGGACUCUGGAUGAAUGGACAUCAUGCCAGCAGCAGUGGCUAUACCUUGAAGUAAUUUUCUCUGCACCAGACAUCCAACGCCAGCUGCCGAACGAAGCCAAAUUGUUUACCGUAGUCGACAAAUCGUGGAAAGAAAUAAUGAGGCGUACGGCAAAAAUGCCUCUUGCUAUGGAAUCUGCUCUUUAUCCAAAUACUUUGGAAGCCUUCCUAAGGAACAACGCUCUUUUAGAACAGAUCAUGCGGUGUUUAGAGUCCUACUUAGAAACCAAGCGAGUAGCCUUUCCCAGAUUCUAUUUCUUAUCCAACGAUGAGCUUUUGGACAUCCUCGCUCAAACUAGAAACCCUCAUGCUGUUCAGCCUCAUCUAAGAAAAUGCUUUGAUGCUAUCGCAAGGUUAGAAUUCGGUGUUAAAGUUCCAGAUGAACCAGAAGAAGUUGAUCCAAAGGCAAAGGAUGAGGCACCAGUCGAGGUAGUCCUGACAACUGAUAUUAUAGCCAUGAUCAGCCCCGAAGGUGAAAGAGUGGCACUUGGAAAAGGACUAAAGGCUCGUGGAAACGUAGAAGACUGGCUAGGCAAAGUUGAGGAGUCCAUGGUACUUUCGCUGAAGAGGUUAAUGAAAGCGUCGUUGGUCCAUUACCAAACUCACUUGAGGACUGAAUGGGCACUGUGUCAUGCAAACCAAAUCAUUCUUACUGUAUCGCAGAUCAUGUGGGCCAAAGGUGUCCACGACAUUUUAGACGCUCCAAGUAAUGUAAACAAAGUUAAAAAGAUGGAGCAAUAUGAACAAAAGUGUAUAUCUGAUUUAAACGAUUUGGCUAAAUUAAUAAGAAAGGAUUUAGCUUCAGUCCCAAGAAAAGUUCUUGUUGCAUUGAUAACAAUUGAUGUACAUGCAAGAGACACUGUUAGUAAUAUAGUAGCCAGCAAAAUUACUAACAGUUCCAGUUUUGAUUGGCUGAAAGUUCUGCGAUACUACUGGCACGAGUCUAUCGACGACUGUCAAACUAGAAUGUCAAGUGCCUCCUACCUCUAUGGAUACGAGUAUCUGGGAGCCGCAGGUGUACUGGUCAUCACUCCUUUAACUGACAAAUGCUAUCUCUGUCUUAUGGGCGCCUUACAGCUCGAUUUGGGCGGAGCCCCUGCAGGUCCGGCUGGUACUGGAAAGACGGAAACUACUAAAGAUUUGGCCAAAGCAUUAGCCAUCCAGUGCGUUGUAUUUAAUUGCUCAGAAGGUCUUGAUUACAAGAUGAUGGGAAGAUUCUUUUCUGGAUUGGCACAAUCCGGUGCUUGGUGCUGUUUUGACGAGUUCAACAGAAUUGAUAUAGAAGUAUUGUCUGUUAUAGCACAGCAGCUGAUAACUAUAAGGAAUGCAAAGGCUGCUAAAGUACCAAGGUUUAUGUUUGAAGGGCGUGAAAUCAAGCUGGUACAAAAAUGUGCGGCGUUUAUAACCAUGAAUCCUGGAUACGCUGGUAGAACCGAAUUACCAGAUAAUUUAAAAGCUCUCUUCAGACCUAUAGCUAUGAUGGUACCGGACUAUGCACUAAUCGCAGAAGUAAUUCUGUAUUCUGAAGGCUUCGAAUCAUCAAAAAAUCUUUCCCACAAGAUGGUACAAAUGUAUAAACUAUGCAGUGAGCAGUUAUCUCAGCAGGAUCAUUAUGAUUUCGGUAUGAGAGCCGUGAAGAGUGUGCUGGUUAUGGCUGGGUCUUUGAAGAGAGCUGCUCCAGAUCGAGAAGAGGAUGUCGUGUUGAUCUGUGCGUUAAGGGACAGUAAUUUACCUAAGUUUUUGGCUGACGAUGCCAUACUUUUUACUGGUAUUUUGGGUGACCUCUUUCCAGGAAUAGAUCUUCCAGUACCUGAUUAUGGAAUUUUUCAAAGUACCAUCGAGGAAGUGAUGGUUGAACACAACCUACAACCAGAAGAAUGCAUGAUCCACAAAAUUAUACAGCUGUAUGAAACCAUGAUAGUACGAUGGGGAGUGAUGCUGGUGGGACCGACGGGUGGAGGAAAAUCAGAAAUUUUAAAAACUUUGAACAGAACACUAACUAGGAUGCAUCACAACGGUAUCAAAGGUCCCCAGUUUCGACCUGUUCGUACGUACACUAUGAAUCCCAAAGCAAUAACAGCUGGGGAACUCUAUGGAGAAAUUAACCCUUUUACUCUGGAAUGGAAAGAUGGUUUAAUGGGCAUAACGAUGAGAACAGCAGUUGGUUUUACCACAGAGGAACACCAGUGGAUCAUUUGUGAUGGUCCUGUUGACGCAGUUUGGAUCGAAAACUUGAACACUGUAUUGGACGACAAUAAAAUGUUGUGUCUAGCGAAUUCUGAAAGGAUCAAGCUGACUGAGUGGGUCCAUAUGGUGUUUGAAGUUCAAGAUCUUUCUCAAGCUUCCCCAGCAACGGUUAGCAGAUGUGGUAUGGUAUACGUCGACUCAGAAGAGAUUAAGUGGUUCCCAUAUGUGAAAUCUUGGAUGGCAAACUUCAGCGAAGCACUUUUGUCUCAAGAAAUGAAAGAAUUUAUGCUUGAAUUGUUUGAUCAUGCUGUAGAAAAUGGGUUUAUGUACGUUAAAAAGCAUAGUCACUAUUCUAUUCACCAAGUGGACGUGAGUAAGGCCAAAAUGGUGUGUUCUUUGAUAGAGAGCUUUCUCAAAAUGCCUGGUGCUAUGGACAAAAUCGGCGAAAAGAGCAAAGUGAGAACCUUUUUGUGUCAAACUUUUAUAUUGUGCUACCUCUGGGGUGUUGGAGGUAACUUGCUUGACGAAAGUAGGGAAAAAUUCGAAAUAAAGGUUAGAGAUCAGUUUGACGAACAUCCUGACUCCAAGAUCCAAGCCAGUGCCGAUCUUUGGGACCUCUACAUGGAUGUAGUCUCUCACAGGUUAGAACUGUGGGCCAAAAUUAUACCUGUUUUCAAAUACAUGCCAGAGCUAUCUUAUUUUGAAACUUUAGUUCCUACAAUAGAUACCGUACGUUUUGGAUAUAUCAUGGAAAGACUUAUCUACGUUGAUAGCCCGGUUUUUAUAACAGGCGAAACAGGUGUUGGUAAAUCUGUGGUAGCAAAAGAUUGCCUACAUAGAUUAUUUCUUACUCAGAAAUUUGUUCCGGCUACCAUAAACUUUUCAGCCCAAACCAGCAGUGCUAGAACGCAAGAAAUUAUCGAAUUAAAGUUGGAGAAAAAGAAGAGAACGUUGAUAGGUGCUCCAGUUGGUAAAAAGGUUGUUAUCUUCGUAGAUGAUGUCAAUAUGCCGAAACUGGACACGUAUGGGGCACAACCUCCUAUCGAACUUCUAAGGCAACUGUUGGACUAUGGAGGUCUCUACGAUAGAGAAAAACUAUUUUGGAAAGACAUUAGAGACGUAGUAAUAACCGUAGCAUGUGCACCUCCUGGUGGUGGUAGAAAUCCUCUAACACCUCGAUUUGUAAGACAUUUUGGCAUGUUGCUCAUUCCACCACCCAGUGAGGUAGCACUCAAGGUUAUUUUUAAAUCCAUUUUGAGGGGUUUCCUAAAUCCUUUUACCAACGAAAUUAGAGAUUUGACUGAAUACAUGGUGAACGCAGCUGUAGAUAUCUAUCAGAGGAUAGAGAGUGAUCUUCUCCCAACCCCAGCUAAAUCUCAUUAUGUAUUCAAUCUCAGAGAUCUCUCUAAAUGUAUACAAGGGAUCACCCAAGCAGAUCCGGGGUCUAUGCGCACAGAAGUAGAUAUGUUGAGGCUAUUUUACCACGAAUGCUUGCGAGUUUUUCAUGACAGACUCAUUAACGUUGAAGAUAAAUCUUAUUUCUAUCUUCUGAUGAAGGAUAUUUGUGUUCGAAACUUCGGAAGCCCUGUACUAGAUCUACCAGAAGGAGAAAUUAUACAAAAUCCACCAAUUUUGCUGUUUGGUGAUUUUAUACAAAUGGGAGCAGAAAAGAAAAACAGAGUAUAUGAGGAGUUGAAGAAUAUUGAUAAGCUUAAAAAUGUCUUGCAAGAUUAUUUAGAUGAUUUUAACUUAACUACCGCUAAAGAAAUGAAGCUCAUCUUUUUUAUGAUGGCUGUCGAGCAUUGUAUUCGUAUUGCCAGAGUGUUAAGAUCAGAACGCGGUAAUUCAUUGCUAGUAGGCGUGGGUGGUAUGGGAAAACAGAGCUUGACGAAACUGGCUGCUCAUCUAAACGUGUACAAGUGUUUUCAAAUAGAACUGACGAGAAACUACGAUCACAUGUCAUUCUUUGAAGACUUGAGAAAGAUGUGCUUCCACGCAGGUGUGGAAUUUGAAGACAGUGUAUUUCUAUUUACUGAUACCCAGAUAGUGAAGGAAGAAUUUCUAGAAGACAUCAACAAUCUGCUUAAUUCAGGUGAAGUCCCUAACCUAUACGAAGCAGAAGAGUACGAACAUGUAAUUAUAGGAGUUCGUGGGGCCGCCAAAGUAGCAGGAAUAGAUGAGGCCAAUCGGGAUGGAAUCUACGACCAUUUCAUUAGCAGAGUACGGAUUAAAUUGCAUCUGGUUAUCUGUAUGAGUCCUGUAGGAGACGCCUUUAGAAGACGAUGUAGAAUGUUCCCAUCUCUCGUUAACUGUUGCACCAUCGACUGGUUUGAAAAAUGGCCACAGGAGGCUUUACUUUCGGUAGCAGAAAGCGAAAUGAUAAGUUUAGGGGAAGAUAUUUCCACUCGAUUGGCAAGAGUUUGUGUAGCAAUGCAUGAGAGUGUAGAGGUGAUGACUGUCAGAUUCUAUGAAGAAAUGAAGAGAUACUACUAUACAACCCCCAGCAGCUAUUUAGAACUGAUCAAACUAUACCGAUCGAUGUUGGGAAUGAAGAAAGACCAAAUAACUAAAACUAGAGACAGAAUAAACAAUGGAUUAAAGAAAUUAUACGAAACUAAUAGCGUGAUAGAUAGUAUGAAGGAAACUUUGACGGCUCUGGAACCUGUUCUGGCACAAAAAUCGAUAGCUGCCGAAGAAUUAAUGGUCUUUCUCAGUAAGGAACAAAAACAAGCCGACACAGUUCGCACCAUCGUUAAAGCUGAUGAAGAAGUUGCCAAAGUAAAAGCAGAAGAAACUCAAGCCAUAGCUGAUGAUGCUCAAAAAGACCUAGAUACAGCCCUCCCGGCACUAGAAGCAGCUACCAAAGCACUUGAAUCUUUAAACAAGAACGAUAUUAAUGAGGUAAAAGUGUUUCAAAAACCUCCAAAACUGGUUCAAGUCGUUAUGGAGUCAGUGUGUUUGCUUCUCGGAGCUAAGACUGAUUGGGCUUCCGCCAAAAUAGUGUUAAGCGACGCCCACUUCUUAAAGAAGCUUCAAGAGUACGACAAAGACCACGUUAGCGAUUUGGUAUUGAGGAAACUAAAGGUUUAUAUAGAAAAUCCAGAUUUUGUACCGGAUAAGGUUGUCAAAGUAUCAAAAGCUUGCAAGAGUCUCUGUUUGUGGGUAAGAGCUAUGGAUAUGUAUGCCAAAGUUUACAGAGUCGUUGAACCCAAAAGAAAAAAGCUUCAGACAGCUGAGAAAGAACUGGCGCAAGUUAUGGCCCUGCUCAGAGACAAGCAAAUGAAAUUGGCUGAAGUAGAAGCACAAAUAGCAAAUUUAGAAGCUAAUUUCAACGCCACAAUGGCAGAGAAGAAGGCUAUCGAAGACAAUAUAGAGUUAACAGCUGCAAGGUUGAAUCGAGCUGGUAGGCUUAAUGUAGCUCUCGGAGAUGAGCAGUCGAGAUGGGAAGAAAGUGUUGAGAGGUUUGGAAUUGAAUUGGAAAACGCUGUUGGCGAUGUCCUUAUGGCAGCUGCGUGCGUAGCUUACUUGGGUGCAUUUACCAGCAACUAUCGUAUGGAACUAGUAAACAUUUGGGAACGGAAAUGCCAUGGGGAACAAAUACCAGCGGCACAAAAUUUUAGUUUAAUAACUGUACUAGCAGAUCCGUACGAAAUCCGCACAUGGAACUCGUGUGGUCUUCCUAGAGACAACAUCUCCACAGAAAACGCCAUUCUGGUCAAACAAGCAGGUCGCUGGCCCCUUAUGAUAGAUCCUCAAGAGCAAGCUAACAGAUGGAUACGACAAUUGGAGACGGAGAACCAGUUGAAAGUGAUUAAGUUGACCGAUUCCAACUUUAUGAGAACUGUAGAGACCGCUGUGACAAUUGGGAUACCUGUGCUGUUGGAGGAAGUUGAGGAAGCGUUGGAUCCGACUUUGGAACCUAUUUUACUAAAGCAAACGUUUUCGCAGGGAGGAAGACUGCUGAUACGUUUGGGGGAAAGUGACGUUGAAUAUAAUGAACAUUUUCGAUUCUACAUCACCACCAAAUUGGCAAACCCUCACUAUUUACCAGAAAUCUGCAUUAAGGUGACCAUCGUCAACUUUACAGUAACUUUAUCAGGAUUAGAGGAUCAAUUACUAGCUGAUGUGGUACGUUUGGAAAGACCUGAUCUCGAACGACAAAGAACAGAACUUAUAAUCAAAAUAAACGCUGACAAGUCUCAACUGAAAGCCAUAGAAGACAAGAUCCUUUAUUUACUCUACCAUUCAGAGGGAAAUAUCUUGGAUGAUGAGGAGCUGAUUGAGACUUUAAACGAGAGCAAGGAAACCUCUGCUAUUAUUGAAGCUCGUUUGAUAGAAACAGAAUCUACAGAGGAAAAAAUAUCGGUAGCCAGAGAAAAGUAUAGGCUAGUAGCUGUAAGAGGUUCCGUCUUGUAUUUCGUGGUGGCAAAUCUAGCAGAUAUCGAUCCCAUGUACCAGUAUUCAUUGAAAUAUUUUAAUCAGGUAUUCAACACCGUAAUAGAAGUCAGCGAAAAGAAAGAAGUUUUGGAGCAACGUUUGGCCAUUUUGAUCAAGGAAAUUACCAAGGCCAUCUAUACUAAUAUUUCCAGAGGUCUUUUCGAACGCCACAAACUCGUUUUUAGUUUCAUGUUGUGCGUAGCUGUUCUGCAACAAUCUGGAAUCGUAACAGAUGCUCAGUGGAACUUUUUAUUGAGGGGACCUGUCGCAACAAAAACUGCAAUACCGAAGAAACCGGACAAUCCUGUAAUAACCGAUGCUAUGUGGUCAGCAGCUUAUUUCCUAUCAUCUACGUAUGAACAUUUCGAAGGCUUGGAUGUUGACUUCUUGAAAAGGAUCCAUCUAGAGAUAGGAGAUUUUAAGUUGGAUAUCCGUUUAGUGGAUCCUAAGAAAGGCCCUGCCGACUCAAGACGUGAUUGGAACACACAAUUGGAUGAUUUUGAUAAAUUGAUGCUCAUUAAAACGGUGGCUGAAGAAAAACUCAUCUUCGCGAUAGCUGAAUACGUAAAAAUAAAACUAGGAAAGACAUUCAUCGAAAGUCCUCAAAUAUCACUGUCAGUAUUAUAUGAAGACACGACCAACGGAGUUCCAUUGAUAUUUGUUUUGAGCACAGGAUCAGAUCCUUUCGAGGCUUUCCAACGUUUUGCCAACGAAAUGAACUUCGGAGAUAGAGUUAAAUCGAUAUCUUUGGGGCAAGGUCAAGGUCCAGUGGCUGAAAAAAUGAUACAAGAAGCUGUAGAGAAGGGAGAUUGGGUCUUUUUACAGAAUUGCCACUUGGCCACGUCCUGGAUGCUCGCUAUGGAAACAAUAGUUUUAGCCAUAGCCAGAGAUACAGAAAAAGUUCAUAAAGAGUUCAGGCUCUUCUUAAGUUCUAUGCCGUCCAAAGCUUUCCCCGUGUCGGUACUUCAGAAUUCAGUCAAAGUUACAAACGAGCCGCCAAAAGGUCUAAGAGCUAACGUUAAAAGAGCAUUCACUGACAUGGAUAAGAAUUUCUUCGAACAUCACCAUCUUGAGCAUCAGUGGAAGGCUAUGAUAUUCGGACUAUGCAUGUUUCACGCUGUGAUUCAAGAAAGAAAAAAAUUCGGACCUCUAGGAUGGAAUAUCGUGUACGAGUUCAAUGACAGUGAUAGAGAUUUCGCGUUUAACAGUCUGAAGAUGUUUUGUGUUGAAGAAUCAAUCCCUUGGGAUGCCCUAGAAUAUCUGACUGGCGAAAUCACCUAUGGUGGUAGAGUCACAGACUACUGGGAUCUGAGAUGCCUCAAAACGAUAUUGAAAAUUUUCUUUUCUCCGAAAAUUUUAACUUCUGGAUAUGUAUAUUCUGAAUCUGGCAUUUACUACUGCCCGGUUUUUCUAACAAUACAAGAAUACCGAGAAUUUGUGGAUAAUCUGCCUAUUAUAGAACAACCAGAGAUAUUUGGUAUGCAUGAGAAUGCAAAUAUAGCCUACCAGGUUAAAGAAACAAACAUUAUCGUUCGAACCAUCAUGGAAUGCCAACCGCGAACUGGAGGUGGUGUUGAAGGAAGAUCCAGUGACGAUAUAGUAUACGACCUGGCAGAAGGCAUUCUGACAUAUAUAAUAAAGAAAAUACCCACUGAACAUGUCAACGCUUACAUGUUUAAGAAAGACAAAAAAGGAAGAGUUCCUUCUUUGACGACAGUUUUAACGCAAGAAAUUGACCGUUAUGAUAAACUACUUAAAAUGAUUCACGAAUCUAUGGAGCAACUCCAAAAGGCAAUCAAAGGCCUCGUCGUUAUGUCGGACGCCUUGGAAGAAAUAUUUACUGCUUUUAUAAACAAUACGGUCCCUGGAAUGUGGAACAGAAUAGCUUAUAAUUCCUUAAAAAGUUUAGGAAGUUGGACCAGAGAUCUUAUCUUGAGACUUGACUUUAUAAGUACUUGGGUACGAUAUGGCGCCCCCACGUCCUACUGGAUCUCGGGCUUUUAUUUUCCCCAAGGUUUUCUAACAGGCUCUUUACAAACACACGCCAGAAAGUACAAUUUACCUAUCGACGAACUUAAGUUCGAUUUUUACAUUUACAAGCAAAUGUUGGAUCAAGAAGAUAUAUAUAACAAGCAUAUUGUUGUAGGAAAAGAGGUUUAUGAAAGUUAUAAGUUGUAUGAAGUUCCGACAGAUGGAGUAAUCGUUCAUGGUCUUUUUAUUGACGCUGGUAGGUGGGACCUUACAAUAGAUGAGCUCGUUGAUGCCAGACCAGGCGAAAUUAAUCCUCCAUUGCCGAUUAUGUGGCUACAACCUACCAGGACCCUGCCCCCUAACGAUACCCGAUACGCAGCGCCCUUAUAUAAGACGUCAGUUCGCGCUGGAGUUCUAUCUACCACUGGACAUAGUACGAACUUCGUGAUAGCAGUGUUUCUUCCCACCCGUUAUCCUCAGGAGUAUUGGAUAUUAAAAGGAACAGCGUUGUUGACCCAAAUCACCGAUUGAUCAGGGAAUCUUUAAGGCUUUGUAGUAUAUUUUAGAGGUUUUAUAUGUGAAACGUAUUUAACUAUUAUUUAUUGCCAUGUGAUAUUUACUGCUUUUUUAUAUUUAAAAAUACGAUAUUUCUUAUGUUAAAUUGAGAAGGGCUUGUGUAUUUAUAGCCCUACUUGUGUUUUUACUGUUGCAGCUUUUGAUAUUAGACAAUAUUAUAUGUUUUUCCAUAUUUUGA